UAAAAGAAAAAAAGAAAAAAGAAAUUGGCGAUAUCAUACAGCAAAUCGGAAGUUAUAUCGUACCGUAUUCGAUCGUUUUGAAGCUUCUUGGAUCUCUUCAGCUACCCCGGACCUAGAUGGGUACCUAGGGAGAUAUGUGGCAAUAUAUCGAAUUGAACGCGUACCGUCGAAACGACUUCGCUAAUUUGAUCUUGGCCAGGACCACUGUGACAGUGUGCCUCGUUACUCAAUACACCUAUCCGCUGCACGAUGAGUUGUCUAAGGGGAUACAGUCGAGGCGGCUUCGUACUGAUACAUGUGACGUAGAAGGCGUAUACAGAGUGUACCUAUGCAGUUGCGGUGUGACCUGAGACAUCGUAGCUAUCAGUCUUCUCCCUAUUAUUAAUGAAUACUUACUCUAUGGCUCCCUUGCGAAUCACAUCACCUACCUCAUCCUUCUUUCUAAUUCUUCAGAAAAAUAGACAUCAUGUCUCACCCGAUUCCUAAGCCUCCCGGCGUACCCUUACUAGGUAACGUCUUCGACAUCACCCCGAGCAACACGUGGGAGUCGCUACGGGCAUUGUCCGAACAGUAUGGCGAGAUAUUCCAAAUCAAAGUGCUAGGGAAAACCGUCGUCUUUGUAGCGGGCGCCGCGCUAGCCGAGGAAAUAUGCGACGAGAAGCGGUUCCGGAAGUACGUCGGAGGCCCGAUCGUCGAGAUCCGGUAUGCGGUGCACGACGCCCUGUUCACAGCCUUCGACGACGAGCCGAGCUGGGGCAUCGCGCACCGCAUCCUCGCACCGAGGCUUAGCCCUUCCGUUCUCAAAGACCAUUUCGUCGAAAUGCGGGACUGCGCAUCCGAGCUCGCGACUAAGUGGAAAGGUUUGGGAGCUAGCAACGAGAUAUCCCCUAUCAAUGAGUUGAACAGGUUGAAUCUCGAGGCUACAACUCUCACAAUGUUCGGCAAGAAGUUGAAUUGUCUCUCUGGACCGGAACAUCCUAUGCUAAAAGGGAUGGAGGACUCGACGUCCGAGGCCAUAAUGCGGCCCACGCGACCGGGCUUCUUGAACUGGUUGUUCUAUGGUAACAAAUUCAAGUCGGCGACGAGCACGAUGCGCGAGUACGCGCAGGAUUUAGUAGACUAUCGCAAGGCGAACCCGACGGAUCGCCAGGACAUUCUAACCGCAAUGAUGGGCGCUAAGGAUCCGGAGACGGGAACCACGCUUCGGGAUUCGCAGGUGAUCGACGAGAUCGUAUCGAUGCCGAUCGGUAGCAGUACGGCGCCCGCGCUAUUAGCCCAUACCAUCUACCUCCUGACCAAGAACCCGGAGGUCGUGACCAAGGCGCGCGAAGAGUUAGACGCGGUGAUCGGUCCUGAUGGGGAAUUUAGGUAUGAACACUUAGCGCAGCUAAAGUACAUCGAGGGUAUCGUGCGGGAAUCCCUACGCCUUUCGUUCGCGGCGCCAGGGUUUAACAUCGAACCUAUACCGAGCGAGAGCAAAGCCCCCGUACUGCUCGGCGGCGGCAAGUACCAGGUCGCGCAUAACCAAGCCAUGAUCAUCGUGCUUGCGGGCGUAAAUAGAGAUCCAACAGUGUUCCAAAAACCGCUAGCCUUUCAACCUGAGCGAAUGAUGGGGGAAGCGUUUGAUGAACUUCCGUCGGGGGUUAAGAAAUGGUUUGGGAAUGGGAAGAGGGAGUGUAUUGGGAAGCAUUGGGCAUGGCAGUGGAGUAUGACGACGUUGGCAAAGUUGAUUCAUGAGUUUGAUUUUGAGGCGGUUGAUCCAAGUUAUAUGUUGGAGCAGGAUGGGUGGUUCAAUUUGAGGCCGGUGGGUUUCCAGGCGAGGGUUAAGCCGAGGGCAUAAGGAGUUAAUGGUUAAUGAAGGGUUGGUGUUGUGGUUUGGGACUGUAGUCUGUAAGACGGAUACCUAAGAUUCAAGGCUAGAAUGACCUCACUGAGAUAUACGUGUCCCAGAAUAAUCGUUUGAGCCAUCCUGUUCAAUAUGUUGUAGUGAGGUAAAGACUCUCUUAGUUGAAGCUAUACCUACCAUAGUCAACUAACCCGUCACUUACCAUGCAUGUUCACUUGACGGCUUCGUUAAUUUACAAUGAUGAGAUUGUGUACGUUCGGAGACCUGGGGCUUUGAAAAUAACAUGCUUGGCUAGACGUCGGG